CUCUAAUAAGGAUCCGCUCAGUAAAGCGCAGGUCAAACAGCAACACACACACUCACCCUGCAACACUGAGACAUGGACUCAGACGAGGGCUACAACUAUGAGUUCGAUGAUGAAGAGGAGGAGGAAGAGGAGGAGGAGGAGUGCAGCGAGGACAGCGGGGAAGAGGAGGCCGAGGAUGAGGAGCUGGGCGAGGUGGAGCUGCUGGACCCGGCCGUGGCUGGAGGAGAAGCCGACGAUUGCGCUGACACCGGCGGCGGCGGCGGCGGCGGAGGAGGCCUGGGGCCCGGCCAGGAUGAGGAGGACUACCGCUUCGAGGUGCUGACCACCGAGCAGAUCCUCCAGCACAUGGUGGAGUGCAUCAGGGAGGUCAACGAGGUCAUACAGAACCCAGCUACAAUAACCAGAAUACUCCUCAGUCACUUCAACUGGGACAAAGAGAAACUUAUGGAGAGGUACUUUGAUGGAAAUCUGGACAAGUUGUUUUCGGAGUGCCACGUCAUAAACCCCAGUAAAAAGCCCAAAACGCGACCAAUGAGCACACGCUCCUCCAGUCAGGAUCUGCCCUGCCAGAUCUGCUAUCUCAACUAUCCAAACUCGUAUUUCACAGGUCUUGAAUGUGGACACAAGUUCUGCAUGCAGUGCUGGGGUGACUACUUAACCACCAAAAUCAUUGAGGAAGGGAUGGGACAGACCAUCUCAUGUCCUGCUCACAGCUGUGAUAUUUUGGUCGACGAUAACACUGUAAUGCGACUGAUCACAGAUUCUAAAGUGAAGUUGAAGUAUCAGCAUUUAAUCACAAAUAGUUUUGUAGAGUGUAACAGACUGUUGAGAUGGUGUCCAGCUCCUGACUGCCACCAUGUGAUCAAAGUUCAGUAUCCUGAUGCCAAACCAGUUCGCUGCAAAUGCGGGAGACAGUUCUGUUUCAAUUGUGGAGAGAACUGGCAUGAUCCUGUUAAAUGCAAGUGGUUGAGGAAGUGGAUAAAGAAGUGUGAUGAUGACAGUGAAACAUCCAACUGGAUUGCAGCAAAUACCAAGGAAUGUCCCAAAUGUCAUGUAACCAUUGAAAAAGAUGGCGGCUGUAAUCACAUGGUGUGUCGAAACCAGAAUUGUAAAGCAGAGUUCUGUUGGGUUUGUCUCGGCCCUUGGGAACCUCACGGCUCUGCUUGGUACAACUGCAAUCGCUACAAUGAAGAUGAUGCAAAGGCAGCCAGAGAUGCUCAAGAGCGAUCUCGUGCAGCCCUGCAGCGCUACCUCUUCUAUUGCAACCGCUACAUGAACCACAUGCAGAGUCUGCGCUUCGAGCACAAGUUAUACGCGCAGGUGAAGCAGAAGAUGGAGGAGAUGCAGCAGCACAACAUGUCGUGGAUCGAGGUGCAGUUCCUGAAGAAGGCCGUGGAUGUGCUGUGCCAGUGUCGCUCCACGCUCAUGUUCACCUACGUCUUUGCCUUCUACCUCAAAAAGAACAACCAGUCCAUCAUUUUCGAGAACAAUCAGGCUGAUUUGGAGAACGCUACAGAGGUGCUCUCGGGUUAUCUAGAGCGAGAUAUCUCCCAGGAUUGUUUGCAAGAUAUUAAACAGAAAGUUCAGGAUAAGUACAGAUACUGUGAGAGCCGGCGACGAGUGCUGCUGCAGCACGUUCACGAGGGCUAUGAGAAAGACUUGUGGGAGUACAUUGAAGACUGAGCAGAACACAAGCAUCACAAGCUUCGGAGCGUCAAAAAGCAGCGAACGUGCUGUGGUCUCCAGUCGGCCAUCACCGCAGCCCCUCUCCAUGUUGCAUCCUUUUUCCGUGGCAUCUGGAUUUUUGUUAUUAUUUAGAGUUUAAGUUAAUUUUACUGAAAUAAAAAGGUAGAAUAUUCAAAUAAAACUCCUAUGUCAGUAUUGCAGUCUGUAAAAGUUGAUUGUCAAAACGGCAUGGAAAUGUAUUCCAUUCUCCAAGCUUUCUGUGGAGAUUCUUCAGUAGUCUGUUUUUAUUAAUUUUUUUUUGUGCUUUUUGUCAUUUUGUCUGAAGUUUUAUAGUUGGAGUUGAGAUUGGCUUGUCUUAAGCAUAGCUUUACAGGUCUGAGCCAUGCAGAGUGUGUUGUGUUUUGGAAAUGCUUGGUUGGGUGGCUUUAUGCAGAAGUGUGUAUUUCAAGCUGUAAAUAGCACACAUGCAUGGAACAUGGAGUGGGAUGCAUCUUUUGUUUGUUUGUUUGUUUUGAAAAAUAUUUAUUCUUUACAGAUAUUCAAGAAUGUGUUUAAACCGCAUAAGAAGAGGCCACGUGACAUUUUUUGCCUCGUGUUUUUUUUUGCUGGAGGUUAAGAACCUUUCCAGAACGUUGCACACCCGAAUCAGAGGCAUAAUAACAGCAGGGUAACAGUAGCCUUAAUUACAUCCAAGUAUAGAAUUGCACGAAUCUCACACAGAAAUAUCUUGGUCAUUUUUCACCCCAAAAUUAAAAGGAGAAAAAAAGUAUAUUUUGUAUAAAGAAAAUUAAGCCUGUUUUUAGAACCAGUUGGAUUGUUUGCAUCAUUUAAUGAAAUCCAUCAAAAUUGAACAAAAUUCUCAUUACCAAAUUGCAAAACAACUUAAUUUGAGUAUUAUCGUAAAAUCUUUUGUCCCUUUUUAUAUUAUAAAUUCCAUACUAUUAAAAAUGAUUUAAUAUUCUCCUAAAAUAUUUUUUCUUUAUUCAAAUAUAAUUGAUUUGUUUUUUGAGGUGAAACAUGACCUGGAAAUGUUCUCGACCGUUUACAUGAGAUUCAACCAAUUGCUCUCAAUGUCAAAUUCUGGAUAUUAGGUGUUUGGUUUGAGAUGAGAUCGACUGGAACAUCCACUCACUUGUUUUUAUGAACCAUCUCGUCUUAGUUGAUGUUUGGCUGAACGUUUAUCACUUUAUGACAGCUGUUAUAGCGAACACACUACCAGAUGUUCCCUGAGAGCAAACUUGAGUGACAUUCACUCACAAACAACUAAAGUCUCAAAUGCUUUUACCUGUUUUUCGUUUUCUUUUUUAAAUGUAUGCACCUUUUGUAGUGUGAGAGGAGGCAGAUGAUAUAUUGAAAGCACUGUUGUAGUUCUUUACAUGACUGCCAAGUGGUUACAUGGUUAACUGGUACUGACUGUCAAGCACUAUGUGGAGGAGAUGAAACCGAAACACUGCAUACUCAAUCCUGGUUGUUAUGAACAAAAAGUUUAAAUAUGAGCGCUGUGUUUACACUAAUAUCAGAAAUGGCGAGCGAGAUCGAGCUCAGUACAGUAUGUGAACAGAUGUGACACCCGUUGUUAUUUCUUUUUUUUUUAUUAUUACUCUCAAGUUUCCAUUUUUCUUCACCCCGUUUGAAUGCAUGGUAAUCAUCCACAGUGCAUCAAACACUUUUGCGUCUAAACUGGGUUUGUAGGGUAGUUUACAGCAGCUUCUACUAAUUCUAAUGUCACAUUUUAGGGCCUCUAUGUUUGGCACUUGGAGUUUGUGCUCAUGUUUUAUUAAUCCAUCAUUGGAAAAGAAAAAAACAACUGAGAAACAGCAGUGUUGCCUGUGCUGACAGAUGAGAUUUUUUUUCACCAAAGUGUGAAUAUAUAUGAAUUAAAAGUGAACAGUCUCUGAUUUAGAGAAAUGUUCAUCUACGGUGGCUUUCCUGUGUUAUAACCAUUCUUAUAAAAAUGUCCUAUUUAAAUAAAUCUCAUUCAAAAGCAA